AUGACGAAGAAGAGAAGGAAUUGCGGACGCAAUAAGCAUGGACGUGGACACAACCGGUUUUUGCGUUGCUCGAACUGCUCGCGCGCCGUCCCGAAGGACAAGGCCGUGAAGCGUUUUACCGUGCGCAACAUUGUUGAGGCCGCCGCGGUGCGUGACCUGAGCGAGGCGAGUGUGUACGACGAGUACGUGCUGCCCAAGCUCUACCUCAAGUUUGCAUACUGCAUUUCUUGUGCGAUUCACUCCAAGGUUGUGCGUGUGCGUUCCGUCGAGGGCCGUCGCAACCGCGCUCCCCCCCGCUUGCGCUUUAGCCGCGACAACAGGAGGCCUAACACCGCUGCUGUGCAGGCUACCGCCCGCGCUUAA